UGACCGCUCCAAGACCAGGUACGAUCACGUGAUCACCUUCAGCUUGAUUAUUUGAAAUGCUCAGAGAGUUUCUGAUGUCUUCAGACGACAUGAUUCUGACCAACCACACAGCAGCAAACACCACCGGAGCCGAGGACUGGACGCAGGUGUACGUCGUGGUCAGUUGGAUCCAGCUCGUCAUGGCUGUGCUCAGCAUUCUGGGUUCAGGCUCCAUCAUCUGCUGCCUGAUGUUACGGGGACUCAGCCGGAAGCCCGAGGUUUUCUACAUGGCCUCCUUCUUCUACACCCUCAACUACGUUUGGAACCUCUACAAAGGAAUCAAGGAGAAGUACUGCAGCUGCAUGGAUGGAUACUCUGUACAGGUUUCCAACCGAGUGAGCACAGCGGGUAAAAUCGUUGCUCUGGUUUCAUGUCUGCUUCCUGUGCUGCUGAUGCUGCCGGUAAUCAUAGAGGGGAACAUCAGCCGCUGCCAGGCCAACCUUACCGAACCGUACAGGUGUCUGAUGAUGCACACCGGAGCGCUGUUCCUGAUGUCGGGCGAGCAGCCGAUGAGCCGGAGCUGCCUGUACCUGCACACCUACCACAUCACCGUCUUCCUCAUCACCGUGCUCGUCACCCUCCUGAGCAUCACGGUCCUCGUGGUCAAAGCGCGCUGUAUUUACAGGCGCAUCGUGACCUCUAACGGUUACCUGGGCAGCGAGCAGCGGGCCUCGUUCGGCGUGAUGGACCGGAGGAUGGUCCUGUACCCGCUGGUCUUCGUCUUCUGCUGGGGUCCAGCGGUGAUUCUGGCGUUUCUGCGAGUGGCGGAUCCCGCGGCGUGCCAGGGCAAAGCCGGGGUGGUGCUCUACAUCCUGCAGGCGUUAACCUCGGCCUCUCAGGGCUUCUUUAACUGUCUGGUCUACGGAUGGAUUCGCGUGUCCCUGCGCCGAGCCCGCAGGACGUUUUCGUCUCGAGACGUGGACACUCAGACGCCUCUGCUGCGAGCGCAGAAGAGGAGGGGCUACCAGACCCUGCAAACGCUCGCCUGAGACGCACCGAGACUGA